AUGAAGAGGAUGAUGAGUAAUGAAAUUGUGUCAUCAAAUAAGACAAAGAAGGAUGGUUUAAGGUGGAUGGUGUGGUUGAGAGGAUGGGUUAAUGUUUUGCAAGAGAUUCUUUUGCAGAGAAUCAUGGCUUCUCACUUACACAAUCCAUUUCCUCUUCCUCCUUUAAACAACUUAACCUGCAUUGUUACUGGCUCAACUAGUGGCAUUGGCUCUGAGACCGCUAGGCAGCUUGCAGAGGCGGGUGCUCAUGUUGUUAUGGCGGUAAGGAACAUAAAAGCGGCUCAUGAGCUGAUUCAACAAUGGCAGACCAAGUACUAUUCUAGUGGGAAAAGACACCCACUUAAUAUUCAGGCUAUGGAACUUGAUCUCCUCUCUUUAAAUUCCGUCAUGCGAUUUAGCAAUGCGUGGAACGCACGGUUAUCCCCUUUGCAUGUUCUGAUUAACAAUGCCGGCAUGUUUUCUAUGGGAGGUGCACAAAAAUUCUCAGAAGAUGGAUAUGAACAGCACUUGCAAGUGAAUCAUUUGGCUCCAGCUCUGCUUUCACUGCUGCUUUUGCCUUCACUUAUCCGAGCUUCUCAAAGUCGAAUCAUUAGUGUCAAUUCUGUUAUACACUAUGUUGGCUUUGUCGAUCCGAAUGAUCUGAAUUUUGUUUCUGGUAAACGGAAGUUCUCUAGCUUAGAAGGAUAUUCUAGCAGCAAACUCGCUCAGGUUAUGUUUAACAAUGUUCUAUCCAAAAGACUCUACUACCUUCUGCCUUUGGAAACCGGCAUUAGCGUCCUUUGUUUAUCUCCUGGCGUUGUCCAAACAAACAUUACUAGGGAUCUUCCAAGAUUUAUUCAAGAUAUUUACUCUGCCUUGCCUUAUAUCAGCUAUUCACCACAAGAAGGUUGUAGAAGCUCAGUUUUCUCAGCCACAGAUUCUCAGAUUCAAAUAUACUGUGAAAAGUUGAAAACCGAUAAAAAAUCCGUUUGCGCAUUCAUAUCACAAAGUUGUCAACCAACAAAUUCUUCAGAAGAAGCUCACAAUGUAGAAACAUCGAGCAAAGUUUGGGAAAAGACAAUAGAGUUAAUUGGUCUUCCUCUUAAUUCAUUGGAAAUGCUUAUAGAAGGAGAAGAGGUCCCAUGUCGUUAUGGGAAUUCUUAUCAAUAAAUUUGUAUGUGAUUAGACUAAGAACCCAAUAAUGUUGUAGUAUUAUCUGACUAUUAUGUUCUGACCACUAGAAAAUCUCGAAUAAAGGUUAUGUGUAAUGACAGUGUGAUGGUGUUUGCU